GUUUGAGCGCGGUAGCUGUCAGAUAGUGGAGACAGUCAGAGAGAGAACACCCAACCUGGUCGCUUCGUCUUUCAACAUCAAACCGUCCUUCAAUAGGCGCCUCUAGAAAGGCAUUUCACCGCUCCAACCGCCGUCUAGCUGCUGGGCGGACCUGUAUUUCAAACGCAAAUUUAGCGCACGUAACCGCAUUGUUUUUCGGAACUGACAAAGUAAAAGAAGCGAGAGACAGGGGAGAGACAUGGCCACGACAACCUGUACGCGAUUCACAGACGAAUAUCAGCUAUACGAGGAGCUGGGGAAGGGAGCCUUUUCAGUGGUGCGCAGAUGUGUUAAGCUGUGUACAGGACAGGAGUAUGCCGCCAAAAUAAUCAACACCAAAAAGUUAUCUGCAAGAGAUCACCAGAAGCUGGAAAGAGAGGCUCGAAUUUGUCGCCUAUUGAAACAUCACAACAUUGUUCGUCUUCAUGACAGUAUAUCAGAGGAGGGCUUCCACUACCUCCUGUUUGACCUGGUGACCGGAGGUGAACUGUUUGAGGACAUCGUAGCCAGAGAGUAUUACAGCGAGGCCGAUGCCAGUCAUUGCAUCCAGCAGAUCCUGGAGGCGGUGCUUCACUGCCAUCAAAUGGGUGUGGUGCACCGGGACCUGAAGCCAGAGAACCUGCUUCUAGCAAGCAAAUGCAAGAAUGCCGCAGUGAAGCUGGCUGACUUUGGCCUGGCCAUUGAGGUACAGGGGGAUCAGCAGGCCUGGUUUGGAUUUGCCGGCACACCGGGGUACCUGUCCCCUGAGGUAUUGAGGAAGGAGGCAUAUGGCAAACCAGUGGACAUCUGGGCCUGCGGGGUGAUCCUCUACAUCCUGCUGGUGGGUUACCCUCCUUUCUGGGACGAGGACCAGCACAAGCUGUACCAGCAGAUCAAGGCUGGGGCUUACGAUUUCCCUUCCCCAGAGUGGGACACAGUCACCCCAGAGGCCAAAAACCUGAUCAACCAGAUGCUGACCAUUAACCCAGCCAAGAGGAUCACUGCCCAGGAGGCCCUCAAGCACCCAUGGGUCUGCCAACGGUCCACGGUGGCGUCUAUGAUGCACAGACAGGAGACUGUGGAGUGCCUGAAGAAAUUUAAUGCCAGAAGGAAACUCAAGGGGGCCAUUCUUACAACCAUGCUGGUUUCUCGAAAUUUCUCAGUGGGCAGCAGGCAGACGGCCGCUCCAGCUUCUGUAACUGCGGCCGCAGCAGCAGUGGCUGCAGCCGCGGGCACCACGGCAGGGCUGGUGGAACAAGCAGCUAAGACCUUGCUCAACAAAAAGGCAGAUGUCAAGAAACGCAAGUCCAGCUCUACUGUCCAGUAUAUGCCCCAGACAAACAGCACCAAAAACAGCAUAGUCACCAGCCCCAAAGGAAACAUCCCUUCACCUGCUCUGGAACCUCAGACAACAGUCAUCCAUAAUCCAGUGGACCGGACAAAGGAAUCAUCAGACAGCAGCAACACCACUGUGGAGGAUGAAGAUGUGAAAGGAAAGAGCUUAGACAACAGCUCGCUUAAGGCGCAGUCCAGCACAAGCUCCGAGCCAGAUAGCUCUCAGGGCUCCUCAGCUGCUGUGUACUCAGCUACAAAGUUUGCUGACCUGCUGGGAUCAGUGCGUAGGGGCUCAGGGCCCACAUUCGACGGGGAAGGGAGAACCAGCACUCCACCUCCUGCUGCUCUCUCCGCACCCUGCCCUCCACACACCCCUGUUGUCCCCAUGCAGAUGUCUCGGCUCACAGACUUGGUAAGCAGUGUUCGCAGGGUGCCUGCGGCCCCUGCACCCGAGGUCGACGCUGCUCCGGCGCCGGUACCUAGCGCCAGGCCCACCCCUCCACGUGCACACACCACCUCGCCACCUCCCCCUCCCUCCCCCUCCAGCCUUUCCCUUUCUUCCUCCCAGAUACGCAAACAAGAAAUUAUCAAGAUCACUGAGCAGCUGAUAGAAGCAAUCAACAAUGGAGACUUCGAGGCUUACGCUAAGAUCUGCGACCCUGGACUGACUUCAUUUGAGCCGGAGGCGCUCGGCAACCUGGUAGAGGGGAUGGACUUCCACCGGUUCUACUUUGAGAACCUUCUGGCUAAGAACAGCAAGCCCAUCCAUACCACCAUCCUGAACCCCCACGUCCACCUGAUUGGCGAGGACGCUGCCUGCAUCGCGUACAUCCGCCUGACUCAGUUUGUUGACAACCAGGGUCGGCCACGGUCCAGCCAGUCGGAGGAGACUCGCGUCUGGCAUCGCAGAGACAGCAAGUGGCAGAACAUCCACUUCCACUGCUCAGGCGCACCAGCUGCGCCACUCCAGUGAGGUUGACUGCCAUAGUUAUGUCUGUCAGGGGUGCUCUGCUGGAGAGAGGAGGAGAAGGGAAGGGAUGAAAGAACAAGUCCAGCUUUGGUUUGGGGAUGGGCCCUUCAACAACAAACCCUCCCUCUUGGACGCCCAGCCUCAACCCCCCAGCAUGCAUCUCUUCUUUUACUACUACUGCCCACUCGUCUGUCACCUGCCCUCAUCUUCAUCUUCUGACAAGUAUCAAACAAACAGCUUUACAUCUUUCACCCCUCUGGUUUCUUCCUCUUCCCUCCGGCAUACUGGGUGAUGGGUGGGGUGUGGCUGGGGGGGGAUUUUUCAGCACUCGGUGUGAUACCUUCUUCCUGUGGUCUCUCCGCAAUUCCGCAAAUUUUGUGACACCAACCCUGUCCUCCUGUGAACCCACACUUGUGUGACAUAAACACUGCACUGGAAUUACAGUAUGUAAAGUUUUAAGUCAAAUCUAUAAUUAUCAGGACUCUAUUAUUACCAUUAUUAUUAUUAUUAUUAUUAUUAUUAUUAUUAUUAUUAUUAUUAUUACACAUUUGUUAUUGUAUAUGUAAUUUGUAUAAUUCGAAAUACUCAAUGCCAGUGGUUACUAGAGUUGAAGGAAAUCUUUUUUUGUUUUUCUCUCUAGCUUUUUAAGAAAGCAUGUUUUUUCUCCCCAAUAAUAACAGUGGCUGUUUUCUAUUGUGGCUAUUUAAGUGGACAGUUAUAUUGGCAGUUUUUUUGUAAUUUGCUUCCUGUAUGUGAGCUAUAAUUCUGCACCCAAAUUCAUGGUCAACACGUUUUAGUUUGUUUGUUUUUCGAGUUUCCUUUUUUUUUUAAGGGGUGUGUCUGGUGGUGAUGUGUGUGUGUGUGUGUGUGUGUGUGUGUGUGUGUGUGUGUGUGUGUGUGUGUGUGUGUGUGUGUGUGUGUGUUUGUGUUUGUGUUUGUGUUUGUGUGUGUUUGUGGUUAUUUAAACCAGACACAAAGUGUGUUCUAGUCCAAACAUGAGGACUGUACAGGUUAAGGAACCUGUUGCUUUUCCCUUGUUGCAACGUGAGCAGCCGGAGGAGGAGUUAGCUGAGCUCAGUGUCUUUCUGCUUCAAACUGAACGUUUCACACUUACAAAGGUGGCAAAAACGGCAUGCAACAAGAAUUUAAUCAUGAACUCACUUUUCCAUCUCCAUGGAUAACACCAUAAUGGGAGAAUGUCCUGCGCUUUCGCAUCUUGAAUGGUGAGCUCUAAAAACUGAAAACAAAGAAAGAAAAACUUUUUUUUCUGUUGGUGACGAUGUUCCUUACAUUAUAAUAACACAUCUACUUUCACAUCGUCACAAAAUAAGUUAGUGUGUUGUUGGAUAAGAAGAAAUGAUUUGUUUGUUACAUGUUGUAACGAGAAAAGCAUCCAAUCCAAAGAGGAGAUAUCGUAGCCAAGAUCAGAGAAACAGACUAUUAUUCUUUAAAGGAAUCAUUUAAUUUGAAUUCAACUUUUGGGAUGACACAUUUUAAGUCAGAUUCUGCUUUGAUUGAGCACAGAUGUGUACAGGCAUACAUUUAGAACAUUAUUUAAACGUGUGGCUAUACUGAAGAAAGAACUCUUACAGCUAGCAUAAUUUCUCCUAAAUGAGGUGGAGGGUUACCACAGACUGCAUGGACACAAAUCCAAGUCCUGUUUUAAAGUAGUUCUGGACUAGGUUGAUCUUGGACCAGAGAAACCUAAACAGGUUUAACUGGACACUAACAUGUUGGAAUAAUAUAGUGUUUCUAUACAACAAACAUUUUAUUCUAGGCUGUCCUAUUGUAAAAAUACUCAAAUCACAGCUGUAGUUUAAGGAGAAGAAUUCACCCCAAUUAACCUUUGUAGAAACUGUGUGAAACUUAAUAUUUGGACAUUACUAAAUGCCUCAUUUAUCUGAUCAGGUUAACUGCUCGGUAAAACUCAUUAACAGAUGUGAAAGAACGUAAAAGAUAUUUUCAAAAAUUUAAUGUUAUCUCUUGUUAAACCAACUUGGGAUCUUAUGAAAAAGGCUUCCUGUUAUUAUGGCGUGGUAUAAGAAAAAUACGCCAAACUAUAACAUCAAAGUAUCUUGUUAUAAUUGCAAUAUUUUCUCAUGAAAAGAAACUAAGCACUAUGUUUUGCUCACAGUAGUUUGCUCAGUUUAGCGUCGAUCUGUCUUUCCACAAGUGUUUGUUUUUCAGACUAUUGGUGUUGAAAAGGUGCUGGGGGGUCAGUGGCUUCUGCUGUUGCUAGGCGACAGCUGAAACCUACUUUAGAGUUCCGUGCUCUUUUCCUAUAUAUUUAACUCACUAAAUCUCGGUGCUGUGGGGAACACAACAUCCAAAUGACAAACAAAAGAAGUCAGUGCUCUAAAAACAGAAUCCCAGAGGACGCCUGACCUUUCUCACUUCCACAGCUAUAGUGCAGAAAGAUGGUGCCACUGCCUCUUUGCUUAUUCAAAGCACAUACACUUAUAGACCCAUAUCAUAAUGGAGAAUCAAGGGUGUGUAUGCUUGAAACCUCCACGAGUGUGUGUGAAGCGUUUUCUGCCGUACCAUAAGAUCAUAAACGUCUGCAGGUAGUGAGGUUUGCUUAGGGCUUCUUUGUUCGGAGGGCAGUCCUUUGCCACAGUGUGCAAUAUUUGUGCGUGUGUGUGUGUGUGUGUGUGUGUGUGUGUGUGUGUGUGUGUGAGUGAAAGUAUUUACAGUACAUCUGUUGCUCUCUAUGUAUUCUUUCCAAGUCAGGAGAAAUAUUGAAGAUGUAUGUUGUGUGAGAGAUGGAAGGAGAAGGCUUUAUUUCGGAGGACGUAUCAGUCCCCUGCCUUCAGCCCAGGGCUUUUUUUUCUUAUGAUUGAAUCUCUUUUUUAUCUAUUUAUUAUGUUUUUCAUGUUUUAUCAGCUUUUUAUGAUAUAAAGUGCUUGUGCCAGGGGUGACGGGAUUACUUUGCAGCAUUGAAAACUGUUUUUGUGGGGGUUUGACUUGCCAUCAGCUCUUCCGUACUUUGCUCGUCCACCAUUGGCUGCCUUCACAUUUGUCUCGCCCCUAUUGGUCAGACCAAGAUAUUAAAGAGGUCAGGCAGUCAGUUUGGUGAAUAGUCCUCAGGUUUCUAUUUAUUUUGUAAGUGUAUUUAUUUAUUUUAGUGGAAAGAUUUUAUUGUGCUCUUCUCUUUUUGUUUUGGUUUAGUUGUACGGCUCGUGCACUUGUGUAAGUACUGUCUAUUGCUGUUCAAAGGGACACCGCUCCAUGUAAAACAUGACUGUUUUAACGGGAUAGUAAACCCAAUUUGCAUCCUGCAUGUGCUUUUCUGUAAUGACCAACAUGGUGUGAAUUACCUUUUCUUUUUCUGCUUUUUUUUUGGUGAAAUUUUAGAUUGAAGUUGACAUCAUUUUUUUCUGUUUUAUGAUGUCCAUUGUUUUACCUCCACUUAGGUCAUUACCACUUUGCCAGAGUGGACAUCUAUGACUUUAAAACUCAUGAUACAGGAUUGAAUUUUGGAGUGAAUUAUCCCUCCAAAGCUUUAUCGCUUUCUUUUUUCUUUUUUUGAGGUGAUGAAGCUUUUUUUCAAAGUUAGCCACUGAGUUGUUGUAUUCUACUCGUGUCUCAUCCAGUAACAGUGUUAUUGCCGACAUGGCCCUGUUCUAUUACUAAAAGGUCAACGGUUACCCUAAGGCGUUCAUGUGUGAUCGUGCUAACCAUGACCCCCUACCCUACUCCGCCUUCCAAAAAAGAAGAGAUAGCAGCAUGUACAUUGCAAAGUUGUCGUUCUUCUUAGUGUGUUUUACUAGCCUUGAAAAUCAAUAUAAGAUUCACAUAUUUAGAACGAGGGAGUUCACAGUAUUACAUAAAUGCAACUAACUAGCAGCGUAGCUGGCAUUUUCUUUGCAUGACAAGUCAACUCGUUUUUAGGUGUUUUCCUAUUCAUUUGUUUUCUCAUUUUCUACUGAAUGCUGGUCUACUCGGCCUCUCUGUCUAUUUUCCCAGCUUUUAAAGUGCAUAUAAAUAUUUUUGUCUCAAGAGGAUCCGGAUGAUGAUGUUAAUGACUGUGGGACGAAAAAAGGAUGUUGACAGUGGUGGUGGUGAUGAUGAUGAUGUGAUGAAGAUUAUCUUGCAUGCUUUUCUGUGGCGCUCUGUGUUGUCAGUGCAGAAAGGCUGCCUUUUGUACGUAGCUGAGAGAACACGAGGAGCGCUUGUUAAGCAUCAGCACCAGGAGUGACUGCUUCAAUAAGCCUGCAUGUCAAUUUGAGAAACAGCACUUGAGUCCAACUGCCAGAUUUGAAGCAGUUUCAAAGAGUGAGUGAGCUCCAGAAGGGGGGGGCAGUCACACAGGGUAACGCACAAACACACAGAUGGACGGCUCUUUGAUGCUUCUGAUGUAGCUGCACAAUAAGUAGAUUUUAGUGUCAAUUGUAACAGGGUAUGCAGUCAGACAACAGCAGUUUAUCACUGUAGAAUUAGAAAAAGCUUUAAUUAUAAUUAAUUAUCAGGGCGGCACAAUUAUGACCAAAAUGACCGUCCUGAUUACAGGCCAUGAUCAUGAUGUUUUCCUCUGUUAUUUUGGGGAUUCAAUUAAAUCACAAACUGUUUUCACAUUUUAUACAUUCUUAACCAAAUUAAAUGAUAAAUCAUGAUUGUGUAUGAUCAAAGCUGACAUGAUGCAGCCCUGGUCAUUUGAGGUCGGUGCGAGCUCGGCUGCCUUCCUUUCAGCUGUUUAGUCAGAUGAAGAAGAUAAACUGGAGCCACCGUGUUCACUCUGAACCUCGGCCAUCUUCUUUCUCCAGCCAGUGACUAAGUUGCACUGACAACACUGAGUUGGCUUCUCUUCCUAGGGUGUCUUUCACUCUUCUCCCAUUCCCUCUGUUUCCAACCUGAUUUUAAUAAUUUCUCUGCUGUCAGCUCUUUCUAGUUUCUCCUUUGUCUCUUUUUGUCACUUUGGGUUUCUUCUGUAUAAUAAUAUUAAUCCUCUACUUCUCUGAUUCUUCGGAUUAUUGCUCUAUUCUCUUACAUGCUACACGUGUUUCUAUAACUUUGAGAAAAUGUGUUAAGGUGUUAUCAAUAAAAUGAUCAUUUAAAUAGAAAA